ACCCUUCGGAUCAUACGCAUCCAACGAGAAUUGGCCCAAACCAAUUCAAUCUGCAGCAGGCAGAGUCCAAGGCAAAAAGCUCUGGUUUUGUUGAUUGUUGAGAUACUGAUAUCAAUGAUUCACGAAGAGAAGAAGAUGAAGGUGAAGAAAGGAUGGCUGGCAGUGAGAGUAGGAUUGGAAGACGAAGAUGGCGGCGGCUUCCAACGCUUUGUGAUCCCCAUUUCAUAUCUCUAUCAUCCUCUCUUCAGGAGCCUUUUGGAGAAGGCCCAUGAGGUUUAUGGCUACAACGCCGCCGGCCCCCUCAGGCUUCCUUGCUCCGUCGACGAUUUUCUUCACCUCCGGUGGAUGGUUGAGAAAGAGGCCGCCGCCACCUCCCACCACCACCACCACCACCACCUUCCAGUCUCUCUCUCCUUCCACUCCUGUUAAUUACUGGAUUGCACACACACACACACAAUAUAUACACACGAUCGAUGCUUCUCUCUCUCUCUCUCUAUAUAUAUAUAUAUUAUAUCACGGUAAUCAUCAGGUUUUUGGGGAUGAUUUGUGAUAUUGUAAUAUACACGCAAGCAAUUGCGUGCCCUCUUAAUUAAAAAUGUAAGAACUUUUCACUUAUUUUCUUCA